AGGUUCUAGCUACAUUGGAUACUGGUUGUUUUCUAAAACUGAAGGAGAAGCCCAUGAAGGAAUGGCGAAUUCUCUUUGAGUUUCGACAAACAGAAUAAGAGGGAGAGUUCAAGUAGAUGACCUUGGGGAAUUGGAAAGCUGUGAUAUGAUGGUUCUGAAGUCAGUCCACAUCUGAAGCCAUGAUUUAAAUAUCAGAAUUGAGAUUUCAGCAAGAAAAACUUAAGCUUCAUUGGAUUCCCACGACAAAGAAAAGUUCCAAGCUUUCAGAAAGAGCUUUCACUUGAAGAUAAAGAAGAACUUGCUAACUACAAAAGAGGAAUCGAUGCUAAGCUUUUAGCUGCACUUCCUAAAGUUGCAGAAUUAAGAAAAAUCUUUGAACCAAAGAGGAAAGAAUUUUUAGAAAUGAAAAGAAAAGAAAGAAUUGCCAGGCGCCUCGAAGGGAUUGAAAAUGACACCCAGCCCAUCCUCUUGCAGAGCUGCACAGGGUUAGUGACUCAUCGCCUGCUGGAGGAAGACACCCCUCGGUACAUGCGAGCUACCGACCCAGCCAGCCCCCAUAUCGGCCGAUCCAAUGAAGAGGAAGAAACUUCUGAUUCUUCUUCAGAAAAGCAAACUCGAUCUAAAUACUGCACAGAAACCUCGGGCAUCCAGGCUGAUCCAUCCUAUAGUUCAGGUAUCAUGGAUACCCAUGGGCUAGAGUCCAAAGCUGAAAGAAUCGCAAGGUACAAAGCAGAAAGGAGGAGGCAGCUGGCAGAGAAAUACGGCCUGACUCUGGAUCCCGAAACCGACUCUGAAUACUUGUCCCGGUACACCAAGUCCAGGAAGGAUACUGACGCUGUCGAGAAACGUGCGGGAAAGAGUGACAUACCUGAAGAAUCCAGCAAAGAUUUGAGUGCUCCGUACUCCGGGACUGAGACAAUGGGGCUCAGGACCUGUGCUGGUGAACCCAAGGACUAUGCCCUCCAUGGAGGCGAUGGCGUGUCCGACCACGAAGUGCUGCUGAAUGUGGAAAACCAAAGACGAGGUCAAGAGCUGAGUGCCACCCAGCAGACCCAAGACCUGCUCCCGACCGUCGAGAGUUCUUCGUCUUUCUCAUUCUCGGGCCGAGACUCCUCCUUCACUGAAGUGCCAAGGUCCCCAAAGCAAGUGCACAGCUCCUCCCUGCAGCAGCCCGCCUCCCGGAGUCCCUCCGCUGGUGACUCCCCACUGCUCCCUGAGGCCCGACCCAGUACAGGGAAACCCAAACAUGAGUGGUUUCUCCAGAAAGAUUCAGAAGGGGACACACCCUCGCUUAUCAACUGGCCUUCCAGCCAAUCGUGGGUGGAGAGGUCAGCUGAAGGAGUUGGCUUGCCCACUGGAAUGGAACGGGAGCCAGGGCCCCGGAAACCAAGACGCUAUUUUUCUCCUGGUGAAAGUAGAAAAACUUCUGAGAGAUUUAGAACUCAGCCUAUAACCUCAGCAGAACGAAAGGAAUCCGAUAGGUGUACUUCAAAUUCAGAAAUGCCAACUAUUGAGGAUGAAGGAAAAGUGGAUGAACGAGCCAAGCUGAGUGUUGCUGCCAAGAGGUUGCUUUUCAGGGAAAUGGAAAAGUCAUUUGAUGAACAAAAUGUCCCAAAGCGACGUUCAAGAAACGCAGCUGUGGAGCAAAGGCUGCGUCGUCUGCAGGACAGGUCUCUCACUCAGCCCAUCACCACUGAGGAGGUGGUCAUUGCAGCCACUGAACCUAUCCCUGCUUCGUGUUCUGGGGUCCCCCACCCCGUAAUGGCGAGACUUCCCAGUCCCACUGUAGCUAGGAGCACUGUGCAGCCUGCCAGACUGCAGGCUCACCAAAAGGCUUUCGCCAGGGACCAGGCAAGCGAGGGCACAGAUUCUGCUGAACCCGCAGAACCUGAUUCCUCCACUCUGAGCUUAGCUGAGAAGUUGGCCCUGUUUAACAAAUUGUCCCAGCCAGUCUCGAAAGCUAUUUCUACCCGGAACCGAAUAGACAUUCGGCAGAGGAGAAUGAAUGCUCGCUAUCAGACCCAACCGGUCACACUGGGAGAGGUGGAACAGGUACAAAGUGGAAAGCUGAUUCCUUUCUCACCUACGGUCAACACGUCUGUAUCCACCAUGGCCUCUACAGUUACUCCGAUGUAUGCUGGGGAUCUUCGAACAAAGCCCCCUCUUGAUGACAAUACAAGUGCCACUGACUAUAAGUUUUCUUCUUCGAUGGAAAAUUCAGAUUCUCCAGUGAAAAGCAUUCUGAAAUCACAAGCUUGGCAGCCUUCGGGAGAAAGUGGUGGGAACAAAGGAGUGUUGAGAGAAUUUGGAGAGACAGAAAGCAAGAGAGCUUUGACAGGCGGAGACAGCAGUGCUAAGAAGUAUGGGUCCUUUGAAGAAGCAGAGCCUUCUUACCCCAUCCUUAACAGAGUCAGGGAAGGAGACAGCCAGAAGGAACCUAAAUAUGCUAUUCUGAGAAAAGGAAGCCUGGAACUAGCUAAUCCUUCCCUCGCCCAUCUUGAUGAUGAACUGAAGGAAUUUUCCACUCCUAAAACUAAUGCACAAGGAAACUCGGACUUGAAGGACAGGCAGCCCUUUGAAGAGAAGGGGGACGUGGAGAAUGUCAUGAAAAGAAAGUUUUCACUAAAAGCGGCUGAGUUCGGGGAGCUGACUUCUGAGCAGACAGGUACAGCUGCUGGGAAGACUGUUGCUCAGACCGCAGCCCCCGUGCCCUGGAGGCAGCAAGAUUCUUCAGAGCAGCCCCAGGAGAAGCACUAUAAGAGUCCAUGCGCCAUGUUUGCUGCAGGAGAGAUCAAAGCACCAGCAGGGGAGGGCAUCCUUGAUUCACCCAGCAAAACUAUGUCAAUUAAAGAAAGAUUGGCACUGUUGAAGAAAAGCGGGGAGGAAGAUUGGAGAAACAGACUCAACAGAAAGCAGGAGUGUGGCAAGGGGCCCACAGCAAGCAGCCUGCACAUUCACGAAGUGGGACAGUCACUCACCAGGAAGCGGGUCACAGAAAGUCGAGAGAGCCAAAUGACGAUUGAGGAGAGGAAGCACCUCAUUACUGUGAGGGAGGAAGCCUGGAAGACAAAGGGCCGGGGAGCGGCCAAUGACUCCACCCAGUUCACCGUGGCGGGCAGGAUGGUGAAGAAAGGUUUGGCAUCACCCACUGCCAUAACCCCAGUGGCGUCCCCCAUCUGCAGUAAGACACGGGGCACUACACCAGUUUCCAAACCCCUGGAAGAUAUUGAAGCCAGACCAGAUAUGCAGUUGGAAUCAGACCUAAAGUUGGACAGGCUCGAAACCUUUCUGAAAAGGCUGAAUAACAAAGUCGGUGGGAUGCAGGAGACGGUGCUCACAGUCACUGGGAAAUCUGUGAAGGAGGUAAUGAAGCUGGAUGAUGAUGAAACUUUUGCCAAAUUUUACCGCAGCGUGGAUUACAAUAGACCAAGAAGCCCUGUGGAGCUGGAUGAGGACUUUGACGUCAUUUUCGAUCCUUACUCCCCCAAGUUGACGUCUUCCGUGGCUGAGCACAAGCGGGCAGUUAGGCCCAAGCGCCGGGUUCAGGCUUCCAAAAACCCCCUGAAAAUGCUGGCGGCAAGAGAAGAUCUCCUUCAGGAGUACACGGAGCAGAGGCUAAAUGUUGCCUUCAUGGAGUCAAAGAGGAUGAAAGUAGAAAAGAUGUCUUCCAACUCCAACUUCUCAGAGGUCACUCUGGCAGGUUUAGCCAGUAAAGAAAACUUCAGCAACGUCAGCCUGCGGAGUGUCAACCUGACCGAGCAGAACUCCAACAAUAGCGCAGUGCCCUACAAGAAGCUGAUGCUGCUACAGGUCAAAGGAAGAAGACACGUGCAGACCAGGCUGGUGGAACCUCGAGCUUCGUCGCUCAACAGUGGGGACUGCUUCCUCCUGCUCUCCCCCCACUACUGCUUCCUGUGGGUGGGAGAGUUUGCAAAUGUCAUAGAAAAGGCUAAGGCCUCAGAACUUGCAACGUUAAUUCAGACAAAGAGGGAGCUGGGUUGUAGAGCUACAUAUAUCCAAACCAUAGAAGAAGGAAUUAACACACACACUCAUGCAGCCAAAGACUUCUGGAAGCUCUUGGGUGGCCAAACCAGCUACCAAUCUGCUGGAGACCCAAAAGAAGAUGAGCUAUAUGAAACAGCCAUCAUAGAAACAAACUGCAUUUACCGUCUCGUAGAUGACAAACUCGUCCCAGAUGACGACUACUGGGGGAAAAUUCCUAAGUGCUCCCUUCUGCAACCAAAAGAGGUACUGGUGUUUGAUUUUGGUAGUGAAGUAUAUGUGUGGCAUGGGAAAGAAGUCACAUUAGCACAACGAAAAAUAGCAUUUCAGCUGGCAAAGCACUUAUGGAAUGGGACCUUUGACUAUGAGAAUUGUGACAUCAAUCCAUUGGAUCCUGGAGAAUGCAACCCGCUCAUCCCCAGAAAAGGACAGGGGCGGCCUGACUGGGCGAUAUUUGGGAGACUUACUGAACACAAUGAGACUAUUUUGUUCAAAGAGAAGUUUCUGGAUUGGACAGAACUGAAGAGACCUAGUGAGAAGAAUACCGGGGAGUUUGUCCAGCAGAAGGAAGACCCCAGGGCCGACAUCAAGCCCUACGAUGUGACGCGGAUGGUGCCCGUGCCCCAGGCGGCGGCAGGCACCGUGCUGGAUGGGGUGAACGUUGGCCGUGGCUAUGGCCUGGUGGAAGGGCCCGACAGGAGGCAGUUUGAGAUCACCAGUGUCUCUGUGGAUGUGUGGCACAUCCUGGAAUUUGAUUACAGCAGGCUCCCCAAGCAGAGCAUCGGGCAGUUCCAUGAGGGGGAUGCCUAUGUGGUCAAGUGGAAGUACAUGGUGAGCACCGCAGUGGGAAGCCGGCAGAAGGGAGAGCAUACCGUGCGGGUGGCUGGCAAGGAGAAGUGUGUCUACUUCUUCUGGCAAGGCCGCCACUCGACUGUGAGCGAGAAGGGCACGUCGGCGCUGAUGACGGUGGAGUUGGACGAGGAAAGGGGGGCCCAGGUCCAGGUUCUCCAGGGAAAGGAGCCCCCCUGUUUUCUGCAGUGUUUCCAAGGGGGCAUGGUGGUGCACUCUGGGAGACGGGAAGAGGAAGAAGAAAAUGUGCAAAGCGAGUGGAGGCUGUACUGUGUGCGAGGAGAAGUGCCGAUGGAGGGGAAUUUGCUGGAAGUGGCCUGUCACUGCAGCAGCCUGAGGUCCAGGACUUCCAUGGUGGUGCUCAACGUCAAUAAGGCCCUCAUUUACCUGUGGCACGGGUGCAAAGCUCAAGCCCACACGAAGGAGGUUGGAAGGACCGCCGCAAAUAAGAUCAAGGAACAGUGCCCCCUGGAGGCAGGACUGCACAGCAGCAGCAAAGUGACCAUACAUGAGUGUGAUGAGGGGUCCGAGCCACUGGGGUUCUGGGAUGCUCUGGGAAGGAGAGACAGGAAAGCCUAUGACUGCAUGCUUCAAGAUCCUGGAAGCUUUAACUUCGCACCCCGCCUGUUCAUCCUCAGCAGUUCCUCUGGAGACUUCUCGGCCACGGAGUUUGUGUAUCCCGCGCGUGCCCCAUCUGUGGUUAGCUCCAUGCCCUUCCUGCAGGAGGACCUGUACAGCGCUCCCCAGCCAGCACUCUUCCUCGUUGACAAUCACCAUGAGGUGUACCUCUGGCAAGGCUGGUGGCCCAUUGAGAACAAGAUCACCGGAUCCGCCCGCAUCCGCUGGGCCUCUGACCGGAAGAGUGCCAUGGAGACCGUCCUCCAGUACUGCAGAGGAAAAAACCUCAAGAAGCCGCCACCCAAGUCUUACCUCAUCCAUGCCGGCCUGGAACCCCUGACGUUCACCAACAUGUUUCCCAGCUGGGAGCACAGAGAGGACAUUGCUGAGAUCACAGAGAUGGAUACAGAAGUAUCCAAUCAGAUCACCCUUGUGGAAGACGUCUUGGCCAAGCUGUGUAAGACCAUUUACCCACUGGCCGACCUCCUGGCCAGGCCACUCCCAGAAGGCGUGGAUCCCCUCAAACUCGAGCUCUAUCUCACAGACGAGGACUUUGAGUUCGCCCUCGACAUGACCAGAGAAGAGUACCACGCGCUGCCCGCCUGGAAGCAGGUGAACCUGAAGAAGGCAAAAGGCCUGUUCUGAGGGGAGCAGGGCACCACGGCAGUCACGCCCAGGACCACGCUCCAGGGAUGGAUUUGUAGACUGGUAUUUUUUUUUUUUUUAAGUAUUUUUAACUCGGAGUUCUCAGAACCUGGCGUGAAUAACUAUCCCGCUUGUCCUGGAGUUGUGCAUUCUGUAAAUGUUUCAGAGAACUGUUGGAAAGCCCUCCACAACCCAGCAGGUGAUAUCGAUGAAUCACCUGUCAUGGGCCCUUACAUAGCGACCCCAGGCCCCAGCUGCGGCACUGCCCUCCAGCAAGGCAUUGCCUUUUUGUUGUUGUUGAAGCAGUUCUCUUUAUAAAGUGUUAUUUUGAUAGUUUGUGGAUUCUAAAAUAUAUAUAUAUUUAUAUAAACACCAUAUAAGUCAAAUAUGUAUUUAACAAAGCAAUAUGUAUUCAUUCACUUUUAAGAACCUUUUUUUUUUUUUGGUGUCAAAAUAAGAUGAACGGUAGAUGGAGUUGCUUCUUGAGUUAGCUCUGCCAUCAACAUGCGCCUCACCCGCGUUCAGGAGCGCUCCCAGCAGUUAGGUCUGACUUGUUCUGAGUACUGCUUCCGGUGCUAAAAUGAACAAAGAAUCUAUACUUUGCAGCAUGGACUCUGAAGAAUCUAUGCGAAUUAACCUUUCUACCUUAAAAUCGCCCCAAAAAUGUAUAGUGCCUUGUUUUUAUGUACAGUUUAUAUACAGAAAAGUUUGCUCUGCAUUUUUGAUGAUGGUUCAGAACAUUAUCAACAAUUUUACUCUCGAAUAGUAAAAAUAAAAACAUCUCAAUUUCUAAUACCUGUCGUAAACAUUACACAUGUCAUUUUGUGAUAAAGGACUCCAAAAUAAAAGCGUCAGAAUGAACACAACAGUUAACUGAUU